AACUGAGUCGUACCAAAAUCAACAGCAUCGUUGUAUCAGCCGUCCGCAUGGGACCCUCGAAGUGGUUGUCGAUUUUAGAUAAAUUCAUUAAGAACAUGAGCAUAGUGAAUAAAAAGCGCCAAUGCCUUGAUUACAAAAACAAACUAAUCCUGGCUCCCAUGGUGCGUGUCGGCACAUUGCCAAUGCGUCUGCUCGCCCUCGAAAUGGGCGCAGAUAUUGUGUACACCGAGGAGCUGGUUGAUCUCAAAUUGAUCAAGAGUAUUCGACGCUCAAAUCCUGCCUUGCAAACCACUGACUUUGUGGAUCCAUCCGAUGGCACGAUCAUAUUUCGCACAUGCUCGCUGGAAAAGUCACGCGUUGUGCUCCAGCUGGGCACCAGCGAUGCUGCGCGAGCCUUAGCCGUUGGCAAAUUGGUGCAGCAUGAUAUUGCCGGCAUCGACAUCAAUAUGGGCUGCCCCAAAGAGUUCUCGAUUAAAGGCGGCAUGGGUGCCGCGUUGAUGGCAGUGCCCGAUAAAGCCGCCCACAUACUGAGCAGUCUGUGUUCCGAUCUCGAUAUACCGGUAACAUGUAAGAUACGCAUACUGCCUGAUGUGGAGGAUACGAUUAAACUAGUGCAGAAACUGGCGGCCACGGGCAUUGCAGCAAUUGGAGUUCACGCCCGAACUCGCGAUGAAAGACCGCAACAUCGUCCACAUCCGGAUGUGUUACGAGCACUCGCCGAUGCCGUGGAUAUACCCAUUAUAGCCAACGGCGGUUCCAGGGACAUGCAUGCCUACGAAGAUCUGCACAAGUUCCAGCGACUGUGUGGCGCUGACAGCGUCAUGGUUGCUCGUGCUGCCCAACAGAAUGUGUCCAUAUUUCGUCCGGAGGGUUUGUUGCCCAUUGACGAUGUGAUAUGCAAGUAUUUGCGUCUCAGCGUCGAUUACGACAAUGCACCGCACAAUACCAAGUAUUGCGUGCAGAGCAUACUCAAGGAGUUGCAGGAGACGCCGCGUGGCAAGCGUUUUCUGCAGUGCCAGACGCUGCAACAGAUAUGUGAAAUCUGGCACCUGGGCGAUUAUUGUCGAAUGCGCCAGCAACAGCACAAACUUCACGGCAACAUUGGACGUUCCGAUGUGGUACCGCCAUCCGAAGAUGACGAAGAAGCCGCAAGCAAACGUCGCAAAAUUGAGAGCAACAACGAAGACUCGAGUGCCAACGAGGCUUAUGACGAGGGCGUCAUUAGCCGCAAUAUGGCUUUUCUGCGUUCCACAUACCCGAAUGACAAUUCGCUGCCAAAAACGUUGCUCUACGUCCAUGCUGGUCGCUUGGAUAAAGAGGCGCCCAGCUAUGAGACACAGCAAUGCAACAAGUUAUUCCGCUCGAUAUGCACCUUUGAUGGUCAACGUUACAGCAGCAGUUUCUGGGAGAAGAACAAGAAGCAGGCCGAGCAGGGCGCAGCUUUGGUGGCAUUGCUCACACUGGGACAAUUGCAAGAAGAAACGCUUCGGGACAAUGGCAGCUUAGUUAGUUAGUUAGAAUAUCCUUCAUACUCCAAUAUAUGUAGUUACACAAUGCAUAAGAGGAUUGACCGUACGAUUUGACGAAACUACUAUCAGGCAAGACCUGCUACGCCUGCUGUGAUAUUAUAGCAGUUGGUUAACACGAUUGUUCAAAUUCCGCAAUGUUCACAUUUUAUAGUAUAUAGUCGAGUACAAUAAUAUGGCUGUGACAAUCGACAAUGUUUGUAACACGCCUCCAAGUCUACACACACGAUUUUAUGUUGAAAAUAAAAUCAAAAAUUACUUGUUAAUACGAUUAGUUUUGCCAAAAUAAACUAAGUAGUAAAUCUAUUCUCGUUUUCAUUUUUCGAAAAACAUCAAUAUUGAUAAAAAAGAAAAGAAAAGUUUGUCGCAAAAUCACGAACUUUAUUUUGAAGAUCAAUUUCAACUUCUUUUGUCACCAUAAUAAAAUAAGUUUAAUAAAUCUGUUCCUUGUCUUAAGUUUUGAAAUUUCCAUAGAUUUUUAGAGUUCUGCAGAUACUUAAGAUCAAAUCACUUCUUAAUUUGACUAUUUUUCGUAACACAAAGUUUAAGAUUGCAAAGUAAUUAAAAUAUCAAACUUCAUGGUU